CCGGAUGCCCUCGCACCCUGGCUCCGUAGACACCUGGAGACCAACAUUAUGCCCGGCUCCGACGCGUCUUUAGUUCCCGCGGGCUGUAACUACUUGGAUUUCACAUGUCAAGGAAGGAACAAGAUAACGAACCCGAACAAGCCGGCCAGGUAGGUGUCCAAAGGCGCCUACAAAAGAAAGCAGUAUGCGACAUUUUGCUGGCUAUCGCAGCCGACACCAACUGGGGACACGACCUGGGGCCACGUGAAGGCCGAGUGCGGCACUGGAAGCCCCCCGGCGGACCCUUGGUGCGCCGUCACCUUCCUUUCCGGGGGAUGCGAGGCGGGUAUGCACAAGUCGGCACAUCAAUCGGGCGAUGAGAUCAAGGCGGCCGUCGCACUGAGCCCCGCCGCCCAGCCGUUGGAUCCCACGCUGCCGCGGAGCCCAAGUGCGCCCAAGCUGCCAAAUGUGUGCCCUCGAGGUCGCUGACAAGCAUCGUGGCUAUCGUGCGUGUGGGGUUGGCGUAAUUUCCUGCGUAUUGCGUAUGGCGGGGCCCGGUGGCAUCUCGACGGGGCCAUCGCCGGUUGCGGGAGUAUGUGCUUUGAUAUUGACCUGCCCGGUCACGUUUGUAUCGGUGUCGGUAGUUGACCGCCACGAUGAGACGGUGGGCGACGGCACUGACCCUGGGCUGGACGACAUGUGCCGCCUUGGCCGUGGGAGUGCCGCCCUCGCUAUAAGAGAGCUACCCCUCUCUUUCACCAUACCGGGCCGUUUGUUGUUGGAGAUCAGCCUCGCUCGCUUGUCCCUUGCCCUGUCUCGCAGCUCGUACUGAGAAAAUCGCAGCCAUGCAUGCCCUCAACGCCUUCGGCCUGCUGGCCCUCCUGGUCGGCUCGGCCGCCUCGCGCAGCAUCAAGGAUGUCACCACCCUCAAGCCCAUCCCCAAGCGCCCCGCCGCGCUGCAGGGCCUUGACGACGGUGCCGCCGUGGCGCCGUCCACCAGCGUGAAGCUCGAGUACGGCCUCGACGCCAAGCCCAUGGUCGAGGUCAAGCUCGACAUGGCCAAGCCGACGGUGCUGCUCGAGGAGGUGGCCGACGUCGUCAACGUCACCUGCUCCGACGGCGGCCUCGCCGUCGAGUUCAAGUCGAAGCAGUCCUUCCUCGACGCCGUCGCCGCCUGGGCCGGCAAGGGAGACCUGGUCUUCUUCACCAACCACAAUGGCGCCUGCGACAACGGCCUCGAGCGCGGCAUCUACGAGGUCAACAAGUUUGAGGGCAACGCCGAGAAGCUUGUCGUCAACGCCAGCGCCGCCAAGAAGGACGUCGCCUCCACUGCCACCCACACCACGAUCGAGUUCAAGGGCGUGCCCGCGGCCAAGCAGCGCCGCAGCGUGGCCAAGCGCGACCUCGAGUCCCGCGCCAUCACCAUCGAUGACAAGGGCCUGACCAUCGGCGGCAGCAUCGGGCUACCGGCCGGCAUGUCCAUCUACUCGUUCCCGCCCUACCUGUCGGUCACGGCCGACUCGGCCAAGAUCUCGGCCGCCGUUACCUUCUCGGGCAAGGUCGACUACGACGUCUUCAGCGGCCAGUUGAAGCAGCUCUACAUCGACAUCGACUCCAAUAUCGAUGCCGAGAUCGGUGUCACCAUCGACGUGACGGCCUCGUACCGCGACAGCUUCGCCUACUCGCCCGGUCAGCUGAGCUACAUGAUCGUCGACGUGCCCGGCAUCAUCACGCUCGGCCCCGAGCUCAUCUUCGGCAUCGGCCUCGACGUCGACAUCGGCGCUGGCGCCCGCGUCAAGGGCACCGCUGGGGCCGGCCUCAAGAACGGCCGCAUCCACAUCGACUUCCUCGACCAGGCCAAGAUCACGGCCACGCCCUGGACCCCGACCCACAACGCCGGCCUGGACCUCUCGCAGCGCGCCAACGCCAAGGCCGACGCCUGGAUCGACGUCACCUUCCAGCUCAUCGUCCAGGUCCUGGGCGGCGUCGUCGACAUGACGGCCGGCCUCCGCGCCCGCCCCCGCUUCAACAACGACUUCAGCUUUGCCGCCUCCCAGACCAUCGGCCCGGACGGCAAGGUCAACCAGCCCACCGACGGCCUGGCCUGCGCCCAGGGCCUGAGCGUCAAGAGCGACUUCUCCUUCAGCCUCGAGGUCUUUGUCAGCAAGCUGUGGAACAAGAACGUCUACAGCACCCUCAUCCCCAUUGCCGACAAGUGCUACACCUGGGUCAAGGGCCUGUAAGGGGCGUGCUCGCUCUAGGUGUGUGGGGGCCGUUUGGUCCUUGUAGCUGACUGUGGCAGGUUUGCUCCUGUUCCCGGUUGUCAAGAGAUAUGAUUUGUACAUGACCCUUAGUGUAUAUAUUUCUUUGUGCCGUAAUUUUCGUACCAUGACCACACCAACCCAACGUAGUCCCCUUACGUGCGUCAAUGUGAUCUUCAA